CGUCAAUAUACCUAAACAAAUCAAAUCCCAGAAGACAUGUGAAAUUUAUUAACGAAUUUGUGCAUAUUUCGCAGAACUAUAAUAAAUAAAAUUUCAUAGAAAUUAGAUCAAGGCCCUGAGCUUUCUUUUCUAAGUUCAAAGUGUGCAGUUUAGCUAUUCCAUAUCGGGCACGGAAGCUGUAUUUGUGGUAACAAUGAUAACCGCUCAAGAAAAAAACAUUUGGUUUACACCUUGGCAGUAAACCCAAUAAUAAUAAUGGCUGAUAAAGAAAACGAUAGUUCGAAGCAUCAAUAAUCAAAUAAUAUCACGAAUGUUCUAGUUGUUGCAUAGUAUAUGCAAUCGUCGUAGUUGAACAAAGGUGCUCCACAAAUCUAUUUCACUAUUCUGAAAGAAAGUACCAAAAAUUACCGCGAGGCAAAAUGAGCUCAUACCAGUGUUCCCCAGUUCGUCUGCUACGAUGUUUCUGUGGCUGCCAAGAGAUGACGCCGGAAGAGGUCGAACGCAUCUAUUAUCUAACGGCACAAGCCACACUUAUCGAUCGUGCAGCUGUAAAGUUAUUCAAAAGUUUCCUAAAACAAAAAAGCUGUGGCGACAAAUCCCUAGCCGAACAGUACCUCGAAGUUUAUGAGCUAUGUGGCGAGUACAUGAAACCGCAUGUAAAUGUCAUUACCCUAGAUGAAUUGGAUGAACUAGUCGAUCUGGGUUUGCCCAGGCAGUUGGAGAGAGAACUGCAUGAGCAAAUUGUAACUGGAGACAGUGAUAAAAUAACUCGUUGUCUAUUUCGUAUACAGGGCACGCUGAGAAAUGAAAUAGAAUUAACUGAAGAAUAUAAAGGCUACAAAGAGGCUAUUGCUAACAAAUUAAAGCAACUAUAAUCGAAAAAUCGAAAUUGAGUUGCUGUUAAAUCUGGGCUCAACUCAGGAACUGUAUUGUAACCAUAAGUGCUUUCACAACAACAACAACCAUGAAGAAGACAACAAUUGAGAUAAUUCUGUGAAAAAUUACUGCCCUGUACCAUAAAGCAUCACUCGCUCACCACCAUGAGGCCAUUGCAUUGAAAUAGGUCUUUUUGGGCUUAAACAUCACUAUUAUAAAUGCACAACCCCCCGCACGAGCUUCACACAUGUAUUUUACCUAAAAAACGUUUACAUUAAUAUCUACUUAGUUUUUUUUUGUAUUUUUCGAAAUUAGAAUCAUAAAAAAUGUCCCUCCACCACCUGUCACUACUUUGUGUGUAUGUUAAGCUUUUUAUUUAAGAAAUUCUAUUCCUUAUAUUAUAAAUGUUGGUAUGUUGAUAUCAACUAAAAUUCCUUAUAAUUUGCAACUGUAGUUACUUAAUUAGAAAGCUUUUUGUUUUUUAAUAAUUUAUU